AUGAAAAGCUACAGAAGUGCUGCCGGAUCGAGACCGUCAGCUCACGACAGUACGGUGACGGUGGUCGACUUCGAUGGUGGAACAAGAGCAGAAACUGCAAAUGUUAACACACAUGGAGGUAUGGUUAGUACUCCACUUCCAUCCACCUCAUUUCAUCGAGAAAAAUGUAUAACCGGAAAAGAGCUUAACCACAUUAUGGAAACUGAACCGCAUUCGUUGUGUAUUUUAGAUUGCCGGAUAGGUGGUCCCACCUUAAAGGAUGCAAGCAGAGUGCGGCUUCCAAAUGUUUUAUUUCGACGUUUGGUUAAUUGUUCGCUGUCAUUGUCAACUAUAUCACCUCGUCUGAACGAUCCAGAUGUAAAAGUGGUUGUAAUUACUGAAUGUGGAUCUGACUGCACAACAUCUGAUGCACUAAUAAAUGCUCUGCAGAAAGCAAACGUGCACUACCAAAUUUUAACAGAUCCUGUUGAAGAUGUGCUUACAGCUUUUCCAUUAUUGUGUGUGGAUGAAGAGCGGCAAGCUUCUCGAUCAUCUGGCGACGUAGUGUGCCUCAAUCUAAAUGCCUUGCGGAUUGAACCCAGUGUUCCUCCGUCGACUGACAAACGUCAAGCUUUUCCUGUUAAAAUCCUACCUCACCUUUUCCUGGGCAAUUAUGAGACCGCAAGCGACGAGCAAGCUUUGAAACGUAUUGGCGUGCACUACAUUAUCAAUGUUACUUCGAACCUCCCGAACCCUUUUGAAGAUAAUCCAUCAUUUCAUUAUCUUCGGAUUUCUGUUGACGACAACAGCUCACAUAAUCUCACUCAGUACUUCUCAGAGGCGAUUGCCUUUAUAGAUGCUGCAGCACGUGCUGGUGAUGCGUGUCUAGUCCACUGUUUAGCGGGGAUUUCCCGUAGCGUAACUGUGUGCCUUGCCUAUCUCAUGACCAAGAACAAGUGGAGUCUGGAAGACGCAUACGACUUGGUACUACGCAGAAAUGCUAGCAUAGCUCCAAACUUCCACUUCAUGGGACAGCUCACCGAGUACGAGCGGCAUUUAGGAGUGCGUGGUACCAAUGUUGGGAAGUAUCCAUCAGUACCUCCUCUUUCGCCGUCCUGCUCCGCUCAGGCUGCAGUCGCAUCUGGACUGCUUACUCCUCCACCUACAAGUUGCUCGACUUCUCCGCAAAGUUCUGCGCAUUCAGUAAAGAGUUUCGACUAA